AUGAUUGGUAUUGGAGGAAGUCUCGAUGUUAGCAGUAUGGAGGCGAUAAUCUCAGAGUGCAAAGACGCUGAUCGCCUAGAGAGACUUGGUACUCUCUUUGAUGACUAUCUAGGAGAACCAAAGUUGGCACUCAAAGUAUACACGAAGCUUUUGGAUUUGCCGUCAGAAGAGAAUAAAAGUACAAAUGACGUCAAGGCAAAACUCUUUCUCAAGAUUUCAAAGGUUCUACAAGCCCAAGGCAAAUUCAAGGAUGCUAUGAAUUUCCUUAGACGAACACUGGCACUUUCCCUCGAUGAUACAAGUGCCAUUAUUCCUGCAUGCUGCACGAGAAUUGGCCGAGUCUCGAUGGACCAAGGGAAACUUGACGAGGCAAAGGAGAUUUUCCACAAUGGACUUUCCAUUAACAUCCAACGGUUUGGAGAACUGAACGAAUAUGUCGCUAUUUGCUAUCGCGACAUUGGCCAAGUGGCCAGAGCUCAAGGUCAACUGGAAUCUGCCAAAGAGAUGUUCCGGAAAUCUUUACGUAUCAAUCUGCAGGUAUACGGAGAAAACAACCAAAAGGUUGCUGAGAAUUACUCUGACUUUGGCCGACUAGCAAUGGUUCAAGGCCAAUUGAAAUAUGCUGGGGAGAUGUUUCAAGACGCGCUGAACAUUAACGUCAAAGUAUACGGAGAAGACAAUCAGAAUGUUGCAAAGAACUAUACUGAUUAUGGCCGCCUCGUGCUGGCUCAAGGUCAAAUGAACCGUGCAAGAGAGUAUUUUGAGAGAUCGUUAGCUAUCAACAUUGCAGUGUAUGGAGAAAGCAGUCAUACCGUUGCCUCAAACUUCAUUGACUUGGGUCGUUUGGCAAGGAAUCAAGGACAGCUCGAAUCUGCCAAGGAAUUGUUUGAGCGGGCUCUCAACAUUGAUAUCGCAGUGUUUGGGAAAAAGAACCAAAACGUCGCUUCAGACUACACAGAAAUUGGUCGGUUGGCAAGAGGUCAGGGGCGUCUAGAUUACGCGGAGAAAAUGUAUGACAGCGCCCUGGGUAUAAAUCUGGAAAUAUACGGAGAAAACAACCAACAUACUGCUUCAAAUUAUACUGACAUUGGGCGUUUAUUGGGGGAUCAAGGACAGCUUGAAGCUGCAAAAGAAAUGUUCGACAAGAGCCUUGAAAUCAACACAGGCAUUUUUGGUGAAAACAACCAAAAGAUUGCCGAGAACUUAACCGACAUAGGAAGUUGGGCGCGGGAUCAAGGCCAGCUCCACUUCGCGAAGGAGCUUUUCGACCGGGCGCUCAGAAUCGAUAUGCAGGUAUAUGGGGAAAGCAAUCAGCAUGUUGCAGCGAAGUAUACGUAUAUGGGCCGCUUGGCAAAGGACCAAGGUCAACUAGAGCGGGCCAAAGCGAUGUUUAGGAAAUCUCUUCACAUUAACACUCAUGUUUACGGCGACAGCAAUCAAAGCGUUGCAAAUUGCUUCACUGACAUUGGUCGCCUAUUGAGGGACGAAGGUCAGCUUGAAUCUGCCAAGGAAAUGUUUGAGAAAGCGCUUGGUAUUAACCUUAAAGUUUUUGGAGAGAACAAUCACACUGUUGCCAAAAACUACGUCGACUUGGGGCGUCUGGCGUGCGAUCAAGGCGAGCUAGAGAAAGCAUGGACUCUUUACGAUCAAUCACUUGCCAUAGUAAUUCAAGUUUUUGGGGAGAGCAACAUCCAUGUUGCCGCAAACUAUACGGACAUUGGCCGAUUGGCGAAGGAUCAAGGCCAGCUGCAAUACGCCCAAGAAAUGUACGAGCGCGCUCUCUCGAUAAAUCUGAAGGCCUACGGAGAAAACAACCACAAUGUCUCGGCGAUCUACAUUGACAUCGGGUGCCUAGCGAAUGAUCAAGGGCAACUUAAUUGUGCCAAGGAGAUGUUUGAGCGCGCCCUUGAAAUCGAUCGUCGCGUUUUUGGAGAAAGCAAUCAAAACGUUGCCUUUGACUAUUCGAAUCUCGGCCGAUUGGCAAAGGACCAGGGUCAGCUGGAGCGGGCCAAAUGUAUGCUGGAACUUGCACUGUCCAUUAACCGUCGAGUCUAUGGAGAAAACAAUGUCGCCACAAACUAUUCCGACUUGGGUCAUUUGGCCAGGGUUAAAGGCGAGCUUACGGACGUAAUGGAGCUUUUUGAAAAAGCGCUGAGAAUCGAUAUCCAGGUGUAUGGUGAAAACAAUCAGCACGUUGCGGCAGACUAUGCCGACAUUGGUCGUGUGGCACGUGAACAGCACCAGCUGAGAUAUGCAAAGGAGAAUUUUGAAAAGGCGCUUCGAAUUCAUAGUAAAGUGUACGGGGAAAGCAACCCAAUCGUUGCUCGGAGGUAUACCGACAUAGGUCGAUUGGCAAGGGAUCAAGGCCAAUAUGAAUACGCCAAGAAGAAUUUCGAAAUGGCGCUCAAAAUCGAUAUCGAGGUAUAUGGAGAAAACAAUCAAAAUGUUGCCUUCAAUCUUGUCGACAUUGGUCGCCUUGCCAUGUGUCAAGGCAAUUUGGAAUACGCCAAGGAAAUGUUUACGAGAGCACUCAGCGUGAAUAUUGCAGUUUUUGGAGAGUACAAUCAGAAUGUCGCUGUUGGCUGCCGCGACGUUGGCCUUGUUGCGAUGGAACAGCGCCGUUUUGAUGACGCAAAGAACUUUUUCCGGAGGGCGUAUCGCAUAUCUGUUCAAGUCUAUGGACAGGACAAUCGACAGAUAGGAACUUGCUGUGUCGACUUGGGCCGUGUAGAACGGGCCCAAGGGCGGAUUGUAAAAGCAAAGGAGUUCUUUGAACGGGCACUAUCUAUUGCUCUCAAAUUCUACGGAGAAGACGAUCGACACGUUGCAGCAGCUCAACGCAACGUUGGUGAUGUGGCCAGGGUUCUAGGUCAGUUCAAACAAGCAAAGGAGAUGUUUACGAAAGCACUGAACAUCGAUAUCAAAAAAUUUGGUGAUAGCCACCUGAAGGUAGCCAUCGCGUACCGUGAAUGUGGGCUUGUUGCCAGUGAUCAGGGGUACCUGUGGGAGGCUUUGGAGAUAUUCGAAAAGGGGCUUGAAAUAAUCGAGAGGGUGGUAGGGGUAGAUAGUCGAACUAUUGCGGCCUUCUACAACGAUGUUGGUCGAGCAGCAAGGGACCAGGGACUACUGGAAUAUGCCGAGGAGAUGCUCGAAAAGGCUCGCACUCUCCAUGUGGAGGUAUAUGGAGAGACCAGUCACAUUUUCGUUCUGAACUGUAUCGAAGCUGGCCGUCUGCACCAUCUUCAGGGAAAUUUUGAAGACGCGAAAACUAUGUUUCUGAAAGCCGCUGCCGCAUCCCAUGCCUUGGGGAAGGAUCACUAUGCAGCAUUCGCGAACCAAUUCCUCGCUGUGGUUUUGAGUGAGCAAGGACAAUUCGAAGAGGCCAAACAAUUGUGUGAAAUGGCAUUACAUGGGCAGAUUAAGGCGUUUGGGGAGAAGCACUCUCGAGUUGGCACAACCUACAAUAGCUUUGGUGUUGUUUUGUCAAAGGAGGGGCGGGACACCAAGUCAGCGAAGAAAAUGCUGGAAAACGCUCUUGCAAUUCGCAUAGAAUCCAUGGGAGAAGAUCAUUUCGAAGCCGCAGACACUUAUGAGAACUUGGGGGACGUGUUCAUGCGUACUGGAGAAUUUCGGAAAGCUGAAGCUGUCUACUCGAAAGCGUUUGAUGGUCGACUAAAGUGCUUUGGAGAAGGCCAUGAGUUUGUCCUUCAAACUCGUUCGAAGCUUUUCGAGGCAAAGUCUGCUGCGACGACAUGA